GGGGGCGGUGCCUCAUGACGCGCUGCUUUACGAACGGCGCACCGCCCCUUUACAACCCUGCUCUUCUGGAAACAAUGUCCACACACGACUUUCGUUUGUCGACUAAAAAAAACCACCAAGUUAGGCUACUUGACGUUUGCCAGUGGUGGAACUAGUCGAAUAUAAUCCGGGGUCCGAUUUGGUGAUAUCGAGUAAAAGGGGCCAAUAGGAAAUCAAACUCAUUCAUAAUAACAAUGGCAGCACAUGAUUUUAAUCUCUUACUAGCGACAGAUUCAUACAAGAUCACGCACUACAAGCAAUACCCUCCCAACGUCAGCAAGAUCUAUUCCUACUUUGAAUGCCGGUGCAAGAAGGGUUCCCCGUUCAACGAGGUGGUGUUCUUUGGGCUCCAGUACCUGCUGAAGAAGUACCUCACAGGUGCUGUGGUCACGGAGGAGAAGAUCCAGCAGGCCAAGGUCUUCUACCAGAUGCACUUCCGCCAGACGGUGUUCGAUGAAGACGGCUGGAGGAAGAUACUGGAGAAAUACGACGGCUGGCUCCCCAUACGGAUCAAAGCCGUCCCUGAGGGCCGCGUCGUACCGCGGGGAAACGUGCUCUUCACCGUGGAGAACACGGACCCAGAGUUCUUCUGGCUCACCAACUACGUAGAGACCAUGCUGGUCCAGAUGUGGUACCCUAUAACGGUUGCCACGGUGUCUAGGGAGUUCAAGAAGAUCCUGGCCAAGCACCUGCGGGCCAGCAGUGGGAGCACCGAGGGCCUGGAUACUCGGCUGCACGACUUCGGCUAUCGCGGCGUCUCCUCCCAGGAGUCAGCAGCUCUGGGAGGAGCCGCUCACCUGGUAAACUUCUGUAGCACAGACACGGUGGCAGGACUGCUGAUGGCGCAGCGCUACUACAGCUGUCCUAUGGCCGGCUUUUCCAUCCCGGCAGCGGAACAUAGCACCAUCAUCUCCUGGGGGCGAAGCAGAGAGAAGGAGGCCUUUGAGCAGAUGCUAGAGCAGUUCCCCACCAGCCCGGUGUCCGUGGUCAGCGACAGCUACGACAUUUUCAAGGCCUGCAAGCACAUCUGGGGGGACAAGCUGAAGGACCGCGUGAUGGAGCGCUCCGAGGACUCCUGUCUGGUGAUCCGGCCCGACUCCGGGGACCCCACCGAGACCCUGCUCCAGGUGAUCCAGAUCCUGGAGGAGUGCUUCGGAAGCUCUGUGAACUCCAUGGGCUACAAGCUGCUGCCGUCGUACCUGCGGAUCAUCCAGGGGGACGGCAUUGACCUGGGCUCCAUCGAACAGAUCCUGCAGAAGCUGAGGGAUGAGGGCUGGAGUUCGGAGAACGUGUUCUUCGGCUGCGGCAGCGCCCUGCUGCAGAAGAUCAACCGAGACACGCUGAACUGCGCCUUCAAAUGCAGCUACGUGGAGAGCAACGGCCAGGGGAUGGACGUGUACAAGCUGCCCAUGACUGAUCCCUCCAAGGGCUCCAAGAGGGGCCAGCUGACCCUGAGUAGGAACUCUGACGGCCUGCUGGAGACGCUGGAGAAAGGGGUGGGCAAGCCUGAGGAGGACCUCCUUGUGAAGGUGUUUGAGAACGGCUCCCUGCUGCAGGACUACUCUCUGGAGGAGAUCCGCAGGAAGGCCCAACUGACGGAGGAGGACGAGGUUGCCCCACCCCGGCACAACGGGGAGCAUAAGGGGUCCGGGGGGGGGCUCCACAUCCUCAACGGACAGCACUGACGGGUGGGGGGGUGAAGAGCAGCCUGAAGCCCUUUUCUAUGGCUGCAUCUCACUAGAUGUUCAGUGUGUGGACAGGAUGUACCCAACACCACCAUUCCCCUGUGAUAAUCAAUAAGACAUUGUUGUUCCACCAUGACCGCAAUAAUCCAAACUCAGGGUAGAUUUAUGAAUCUAUUUCGUUCUUCCAUUCUUUUCUUUCUUUCAUUCUGUUUUUCCUGUUAUUUAAAACGAUGACGACAGUAGUGUUAUGUACUGGUGGUUUCCCGCAGUAGCCCUGUAUCGGAUGUUUAAUGGAGCCAAGACCAAGAUGUGCUUUGCUAUGCUGCGAUGCCUUCUAAUGUUUGCUUUGGUGCAAAAUGUUGGAGAAAAAAGAAAAAAAUGAUGGAGUCAACCUAGAUUUGAUGUGCGUUUAGCGUUGCCUUGGACGGGCGCUUUCUCUGUUCAGCCUCACAAACCACAGUGCCCUGCUUUGGUAUGAAAGCGAAAAGGCUUACUGACUUUACUGGAAUUGAAUAAUUUUAAAUCUGUAUUUUUGUAUGAUUACAUGAUAGAAGAGGUUUUUAACUUUGUGAAUUUUGUCUGAUUUUAGUAUUCAUCAUCCUUCCUUAAGAAACUUUGUCCUAUGCCAUUUAUAUUCAAAUGUGUGGAAAUUGAGUAAUUGUACUAAAGACUCGCUCUGUCUCAGCAUUUCUUUAAAGAAGCGGCUGUUCUUUAAAGCAGGAAUAUGAUGUAAUGUGCGAUGAAGCCCAUCGCCACGCAGUCCUGCAACAGGAGGACUGGACAGGAGGAUGAGAACUGGUGUCUGCAACAGGAGAACUGGUGUGAACAUGUGUGCAGGGGCUCACUGGGAAAUCCGAAGAGCACCUACCCUUUCAGAGGAUUUGGAUUACAAAGUGCCUGGUUACUCGUUUAUUCAUUUUAAAGCACAAAAAAAAUAGGUAAAAUGCCUAAAUUAACAUUAAUGAAUACUAAUUAAAACAUUAAAAUACAAUUCUACUUUCA